AAGACAGAUAUUGCAAGUCUUUGAGGGAAUAUCCACCUGAUCAUUAUAUCUUUGAAGGAAUAUCUACCUGACCAUUAUGUUAAGCUUGAGCCAGGACAAGGGAUGGAGUUUGCAUCAUGCUGCUCUCGGGACUUCGAGAAAUGUCGGCCAAGCAGCAAUAGUCCAUAAUUCACCAGCUUCACACAACCAAAUUACGCAAUGUGGAGAGUUUUUAUUUUUUGCUCAUUUACCUGCUGCAAAUAUUAUGCCUUGGCAUGUAUUGGGCUACAUACGCCUGACUGAUGAGGACAACGCCUCUUCAUCCUGGAUAAUAAUCAAGAUCCUCUUCCAGGAACUAGCAGACAUCUGGGAGACUGCACAAGAGGCUUUCUGAUUUUGCAAUAUGCGGUUUUCCAUUAAUUUCUUCCAUUCCAUUGGCCUGGGUGGCUUGACAAAGAAUGUGCACAAGAAUUUAAUAGACAUGACUAGGCUCA